GAUUGGCUUCUGCUGUUGGCGGUAAAGUCCCGUGCACAAGAACAACGAGAACAGCAAACUCAUUUUUAUUAUUGUAAUUAUCUCUCGUUUUAUUUUACUGGGAAAAAGGAAAUCGUAGCACAAAAUGAAAUGCGCUAUUCCUGAAAUAUCUUGGCACAACCGUGAUCCAGUAUUAAGUAUCGACUUGCAGCCACAAUCUAGUGAUGGCCUUCUCAGAUUAGCAACGGGAGGGACUGAUUCUCACGUUUUGAUGUGGAGUGUAACUGUUGGAGAAAAUGGAGCAGGUUCCGUGGAAUUCCUUUCUGAUUUAGCAAGACAUUCAAAAUCUGUCAAUGCAGUCCGAUUCUCACCAAAUGGAGAUAUGCUAGCUUCUGGUGAUGAUGAGGCUGUUAUUAUGCUUUGGAUGCUGAAACCUAAGUCAGACAUUCCUGAUUUGUUUGCCAAUAAAGAUUCAGAAGCUGAGAAUAAAGAAAACUGGACUGUUCUAAAAGUUCUUAGGGGACAUAUGGAUGACGUGUAUGAUAUUUGCUGGUCUCCUGAUUGCUCACAGAUUUUGUCAGGAUCUGUGGAUAACACAGCCAUUUUAUGGGAUGUCAUCAAAGGGAAAUCAAUCCAACUACUCUCAGGACAGAAGGGAUUUGUUCAAGGUGUAACGUGGGAUCCAAAGAACAAGUUUGUUGCAACAUUAAGCAGUGACAGGAGUUGUAGAGUUUACUCACUUCAGACAAACAAAUUAGUUCAAAAACAAAGUUCGAUGCAAUUAAAAAAUGCCGAUGGUGAAGAAAAGCCUUACAAACUUUUUCACGAUGAUACCCUCAAGACAUUCUGUCGUCGCUUGAAUUUUUCGCCUGAUGGUAGGAUUCUCUUUGCCCCUUGUGGCCUUUUGGAACUUGAAGGUGUUACCACUACUGAUGAGAGCGAAUCCACCAAGAAAGAGAAAAAAAUCCACACCACUUACGCUUUUGUUCGCUAUGAUAAUUUUUCGAAGCCAGUUGUAUAUUAUCCAUCAGAAGAUGGCUUUACGGUUGCUGUUCGCUGUUGUCCGAUCCUGUUCGAAUUGCGACCUGGCCAGCCAUCUGUACACGACAUUCCUUACAGAAUGAUUUUCGCUAUUGCAACAGAGAGCUCCAUCCUGCUCUAUGAUACCCAGCAAAAGGCACCUUUUGCACGAAUUAGUCGUAUACAUUACACCCGCCUUACCGACGUGGCCUGGUCUAGCAAUGGACGGAUCAUAGUCGUUUCGUCUACGGAUGGCUACUGCUCGAUUGUAACGUUCAGUGAUGGCGAGCUUGGAAAACCUUAUGAGAAUGUGAAAUGUGUGGAGGAAGCCGUCUCGCCAAAUUUACCUUCCAGUUUCCAAACAUUACUACAGGGGGAAAUAUUCCAGGAAAAUGUUCAGCCGGUAAUCGACAUGGCCAAUGACGAAGAUUUCCACCUGGCCUACGAAGACACCGAAAUGACCCUGGACACUCCUGCUGCACCUUGUCCUCCUACCAACAACAAGUUGAAUUCCGAAUGCUCGACCGCCCUGAAAAGUCCGAAAUUCGCCAACGUUCGCAGCAGUCCGAGACGUGUUAAAUUAAUCACGCUUUCCAGUCCCAAGAAAUAACCCUACUCUGUAGAUGUUUUAUUUCGUAUGUACGAAUCCUCCCCCAAACAAACCCCUUUUUACCUAAAGUUGAGCCUUAUGUUUGUGUUCAAGUUCGAAUAUAACUUGCAUUAAAAAGAUACGCAGAUGAA